CUGAAUAAUUAUACAAUAGCUACUCCCUAGCAAAUCCAUCCUCUUUGUAUUCAUCCUGGAACUUAUUUUAAUGCACAUGUGUUUAAAACCACUGAGUCACAAAUGAUGUCACCAUUUCAUAUGUAAACCAUCAUUUUAUGCAUUAAAGUUUAUUCUUACAGGUGUGAGUCCUAAUACAGCUACUGUCUGUAUUUGCUGCCGAGUUCAAUAGUACCAAGGAAUUACGAUGAAAGGAUUUAUCAUCUCUAUUUUAGCACUGGCCCUAUGCUUUGAUUUGGCAUGUUCUUUGCAGUGUUACCUUUGUCCAUAUCCAACUGCGAGUGCCGAAUGUACUGAUACAAAGAAUUGUACAGGGACGCAACUGUUAUGCAAAACAUCAGUAACCGCAGGAUUUGGAGGUUAUCCUUUUCAAGGAACUGAGUUGGUAAUUCGAGACUGUGCUAAAGACUGUUCUCCAAGUGACAACGACCAGAUUGGAGCUGACCAACUUGUUUUGUGUUGCAACAAUGAUCUUUGCAAUAACAGAGGUGUUUAUGCUGGUGGAUCAAAUAGCGGAGCUGAAACUGUAAAGAAUUCUUUUGGAUUUGGAUUACUUUUUUGUUUCAUAAGUAUAGUUUUAUCAUUGAGAACUGUCCUGUAAACAAAUGCAACACUCAAAUGACAAGAAACACUAAGGAAGAUUUUUUUCAAAGUAACAUAUUUAUUUGUAAAACAAAAAAUUGUGUGUAUUCAUCAAUAAUUCAACAGCACUUCUACAAUACUCUUAUUUAUCAAGAAAGACUAUAAACUAAUCAAGGCCAUUAUAACUUAAAGAGACAUAAAACACUUUAACUUUGUGAUAUUAAAGACCUGAUUGUCAAAAACUCAUCAUCAUGGAGUGAGUCCAUCACGUCAACUUUUACAGUGGCAGAUCUCGUUAUCUCUCUAAAACGUCCCCUUGAGAUGCCUCUUAUAGAAAAUAAUGAUGUAUUCGGAAAUUGAGAAUCCCACAGGGUGGCCCGAAGGUAACUAAGAGAAUCUGGCACUGACAAUACCAUUUUUCUUAAGCAAAUACAAAUUAAAUAGUGUUCUUUCCAGUUUUCUAUAAUUGCAUUCAUGUCUUUUUCUAUCAGUAUAAUGAGUACAUUGUAUAUUUUGAGUUAAUAGCUAGGAUACAUUUGUAGGGAUAAAACCAAUUUGCAGAGGGAAAUUAUUAGAGAAUACUCCAAAACCUGUGAGAGAACUUUAGAUAAGCCUAAGAAAUGCCCCUGUUUAACCAACUCGACAAACUUGUUAGACACAUUAUAUAUUAGAAAAAAAAUCUACUUUUUACUACAAAUUUAGAUUUUUAUUUUGUAUUUGGAAAUUAUAUUGUACUUUAAUAUAAUUUUUUUUCUGUGGAAAUUACUUUUUUUUCUGCGUGCUUUAAAUAUGAAUUGCAUAAUUUAAAUUUGAAUUUUGCUGAAUACUUUUAAUGUGAAUUUAAAUGCAUAUUAUUAAUAUGAUUUUAAUGCAUGUUUUAACCACUUUCACAAUGUCCUUUUUAGGGCUGUACUGCCUGAGGCAUACAGAAAUAGUGCAGUCUCUCCAUUGUUUCUACAGCACUGUAUUGUCAUGUCUCUCUUUAACACACAGAAAUAAAGAAAUUGCCUUUAAACAUUCUUCUCUGAAUUAAAAGCUUUAGAAAAUCAGGGCUAAAAUGCUGAACCACUAAAUACAUUUUAUAAGAAUAGUUUUAAGGUUAUUACCUUACCAUAGUCAUAGGUGACACCAUGUUGAAAUCUUUCUUGCAUUGCAUUCCAGUGCUUAGGUGUUUGCACAUGUUCAGCAAUUCUCCUUCAGAUAUCGGCAGUAUAACAUUUGUUUCAAAAUGGCAGCACCAAUAAUUAGACUGAGGUGCAUGAAAAUAAUUUAGUGCUUAUUGUUUCCUUAAUUAUGUGUAGAAGGAAAACUUAGCAAUAAAUGUUCAUUAGAAAUGGAAGUGUACACUGCAAAAAUUAAAAACCUAACCCUACCACAUAUCUGUCACUAAUUAGCUUUAGUAUGUUUAUAUGUUUUAAAUUACAAGCCUCAAUUGGCUUCUCCAAGUAGUAGUAAUAAUAAUAAUAAUAAAUGGUGGGGGUAAGUUUAGCCUUCGGAAAACAGCUGCAGUAAACAAGGUAUUAAUGUAAUCAGAAAGUUUUCAUGUUUCACUUGCAUGCUAAUUUAUUGUAGGAAUAUAGAAACAGCAUUCUAAUUCCAAGGUGUUUUAUGUCCCAAUAAGACAAAUCUUACAGUUUUAAAAUAUUACCGAAAUUCUUGUUAAAGGGACAUAAAACCCAAAAUGUUUCUGUCAGGGUUCAGAUAAAGCAUAUGAUUUUAACCAACUUUCCAAAUUACUUAUAUUAUCUAAUAUGCUUAGUUAUCUUGGUAUUCUUUGUUGAAAAGCAUUCUUAGGUAGGUUUGGGAGCUUGGAGCUAGCUGCUGAUUGGUGGAUGCACUAGUAUGCUCAUUUUUAUUGGUAACCAAUGUGUUCAGCUAACUCCCAGUAGGGCAUUGCUGCUUCUUCAAUAAAGGAUACCAAAAUAAUGAAGCAAAAUUGAUAACAGAUUUAAAUGGGAAAGUUCAAAUGUAUAAUCUAUUUGAAUCAUGUAAUAAAAUGUGGGUUUUAUGUCCAUUUAAAAAUAUAUUCCAAAGCUGUAAUAAAUGACUUCAUACAAUGUAAGGAUAUAAACUAUUAUAUAGAUUAAGAUUCAUUAAAAUCACUGUGUGAAUUGUUUAUCAACAGAAGUUUGUUUAGUUAUUUACUAUCAAACAGAAACAAACUAUUCAAAUGAAAUGAUAGUAAAAAAUGCAUUUUUAAAAUGAUACAAUUAUCUUUUUUCUAAAGGAGUCAAACCACUAUUUAUUUUUAUUUAAAAAAUAAUAAAACAGAUGAAUUAUAAUAUAACAUUUUCAUUCCUGCUCUUUCAAAUCCUUUUACUUUUUGUUGUGUAGUGAGGUCCCAAGAGCUCUGUACCUUGCAUUAAAGGGACAGGCAACUCAAACUUCUUUAUUGUUUAAAAAGAUAGAUAAUCCCUUUAUUACCCAUUUCCCAGUUUUGCAUAACAAGCACAGUUAUAAUAAUAUACUUUUUACAGCAGUGAUUACCUUGUAUCUAAGCCUCUGCAGACUGCCCCCUGAUCACAUGACUUUUUAUUUAUUAUCUAUUGACUUGCAUUUUAUCCAAUUAGUGCAGUGUCUGCCCCAACCCACGGGUGUGAGCACAAUGUUAUCUAUAUGGCUUACAUGAACUAGCACUCCCCUGUUGUGAAAGGCUAAUAAAAAGUAUGUGAUAAGAGGGUAUCUGUAGUAGCUUAGAAACAAGCAGAAAUUUAGAGUUGUAAAGGUUAUAAAGUAUAUUAAUAUAACAAUGUUGGUUGUGCAAAGCUGGGGAAUGGGUAGUAAAGACGUUAUCUAUCUUUUUAAACAAUAAAAAAUUUGGUGUUGACUGUCCCUUUAACUGUGUGCAUCUGGUCUUUGAUAAACUAACUGCGCAUGUGGAGUUUGUCUGCAGUAAGAGGCCUUAACCCAUUUGUGCCGGGGUUAACUUGUCUACAUCAGAACAACGGUUCCGAUGUAAACAAAUUGAAAUCUUGCGAUCGUGCACCUGAUCAAGAGAUUUCAAUGAUGGGAUCGUGUCAGGGGGGUGUCCCUAUGAUGCUAGGCAUGCCCUCCAGACCGCGAUCCCAUCAGGGAAGCGCCAGUGGCUUCACGAAAGCCAAUCGGUUAGAACGUUGUAUUUCGUCCUUCGGCGCUAAAGCCAAGCAAAAUUUGGACGAAAUACAACGUCCUAACGUGGUUAAAGGGUUAAAUUGCUUGGAUUUCACAUGAAAGCUUGUUUUUAUUCAUUAUAAUGGGCCAAUGACUGUGUGCGCGGCUGCAAUGUGCAGAAUGAAAAAACCUGCUUAACUGGACAGUCCAGGAAAACUUUCACAAAAAUACUGAACACUUAAAUGUCCAGGUUUAUUUUUUAAAGUGUAUUGCUUUUAGUUACAUGUAAAAGGCCUCCUAUGCCUCAAUGCAUUAAAAAUAUGUAGCAGAUAGAGAUGAAUGACAGUCAAGGGGGUCACAUCACUACUAUUUAUGUGGGGAGCAGCAGCUCAAGAAAUAAAAUGGUUGAUUAGUUUGUUACAGGGAGCCAAGGGGUAAAAAAAACUGUUCAAUAGCAAAAAUAUACAUCAAGAUCAAGAAUGUAUAUUUUUGGGGGGCGGGCAUUGUGUGACCCCGCCUACAAUUAUGUCCUAGAGAUUGUCCAGUAUUUUUGUUGUAGACAGCUGGGAAACAUAGCAGCAAAGGCAAUAUAAAACACAUUUAAUUAAAACAAAAAUACUCUUUAAAUCUAUGAUUUACUAAAUAAGUUGAUUUUAUGAGGUUUACUGUCAUUUUAAAUGCAAACUGAUUCUUCCUUCUAUAUCAAUCUUCUGUUUAUCAUGUUUUGUUUUAAUAAUGAAUUUCUUGUUGUUACUAUUUAUUCAUGAAACAAUACUAAAUAAUAAUAAUAAAAAAAACUUGCCAUA